UUUCCAAACACCAUCCGUGACCAGCUAGGGAUGAGAGAAGAGAGAGGCAGCAAAAUAUCUCGGUUCUUCUGUAGCAGUCUAAAGAAAGAUCGACAAUAGCACGCAGUUGGUUGCUCUGGUUGCACUAGAAAACACAAGCCCCAAGUCUGCUGUGUGUUUGUCGUGGUUUCCCGAUCAUACGUAAAGUGAAAUUUGGAAGUACGCGGCCACAGAAGCCAAAUUGUAUGUGUGAGGUGCUAACUGUUAGCUGACAGGCUAGCUGGCAAAGCCAUUGAAGCGAUGGCGUUGAAAAGAAUUCAGAAGGAACUGUCCGACCUGCAGAGGGACCCUCCUGCCCAGUGCUCCGCUGGACCAGUUGGAGACGAUUUGUUUCACUGGCAGGCAACGAUAAUGGGUCCGAGUGACAGUCCUUAUCAGGGUGGAGUGUUUUUCCUCACCAUUCACUUCCCAACAGAUUAUCCCUUCAAACCACCAAAAGUUGCAUUCACAACAAAAAUUUACCACCCUAAUAUCAACAGCAAUGGGAGUAUUUGUCUGGACAUACUGAGGUCACAGUGGUCACCUGCACUUACAGUAUCUAAAGUAUUAUUGUCUAUCUGCUCUCUUCUUUGCGAUCCAAACCCGGAUGACCCACUGGUUCCUGAGAUCGCUCAUACGUACAAGGCUGACAGGGAAAAGUACAACAAAUUAGCAAGAGAAUGGACGCAGAAGUAUGCAAUGUGAGAACACCAGGGAGAACAACACACAAUUGAGAACAAAAGAAACACAAAUGAUUUGUAACUUGAGGCAAAUGAGCAACAGAGGGGGGGGAAAAAAACAACAAGAGCUCACCUUUUGGAGAAGGAAUCGAUACAAUGAGGUACAGUGCCACUUGGCUUUCUGUGUGCUGAGCUGCUACCAUGUGCUGUCCUUCAUGACUUGUAUGGAUCUGCUGAGCAGGAUCUGACGGACUCCUUAAACACUCCCAUACGGAAUACCUGAAACGUUUCAGUCCCCACCGCCACUCUCAGACUUUAAACUGUUACUCCCGCUCUUGUGAUUAUCAGUUAUCUUCGUUGCUACUCGUGUGCAUAUCAUUUUUCGCUGUCACGUGGUCAUAUCGUCGUGCUUCUCAUAAUAUUUGAUUCAUUUACGAGAUCGGUUAUUUCUUCACGUCAGAGGUGCAGUCUCCACAUCCCGCAGGAUGUCUCGUUAUUACUGCAUUUAGUGGCCUUUCUGUGUUAUUAUUUUCAAACGGUAUAUGUGCAAUUGAGGCAGAAUGUUCUCUGUUGAACACAAAGUGGUGCAGUGCCAUUACCAGCAGCAGUUCUGUUGGCACAUACUGUCUCUACCCCGAAACAAUGUGAAGGACGUAAAGAUGGAUUGGUCGCUAUCAUCCACUCUAUUUGAAAUUCAUAACUGUAAGCUAGUGGUUUUGAAAACACUGGAGAGCUGCUGUUCAUAGCUGGGAGGCCCGGACUUGUCCUCACAGGCCUCCAUGAGGUGAAUGUCCGCUUCCAUUUUUCUCACUCAUGCUGUCAUUGCCCGUACUACUUAUAUAAGCAAUCAUCACUAGUGCACAAAACACUACUGCUCUUCAACUUGUCACUUGUUGUGUUGUGUAGCUAUGAACGUAGCUACCUUUUGGCAUAUAGCUUAGCUGUGUGCCACCUCCUCAGUACAGUUACUCAGGUAUCUUAACCAAAUCAUCAGCCUUUACAUGCAGUGACCCAUGGUGAGAAAAAUUACCAUCAUCAGACUUCUUCUUCUUUUUUUUUCUUCUUUUUUUUUUUAAAGAAAGCUCUCAUGUCCAUUUUCUUUUUUGUUCACAUAACAAAGAAGCUUCCUGAAGGUACAAUACGAUCAAAGACAGGGCCCCGAUGGUUUGAGCUGCACAGCAAUACAUGCUGUCCAAGAGGUACCGCCAUUCUCAUCAAUCCCUCUCCAGUUCUUUUCACCACUAUUUCUAUUCUUUUGUGAACAAGACUUGGACGUGAACAGCUGUUUGUCAAACAAGCUACUGUAUCUCUAAAUUGAAAUGGCCUUCGGUCGCAGCAGGUGUUCCUCACACUGAAAAUAGGAACUUGAAACUGACUUGACAUUUUGCAGAACCUAGUUAUUUGAAGUCAUGUGCAUCUUGUUACUUGAGGUGAAUAAAUACAGUAACUCGCUGUGACAGUUUGAUCCGCUUUAAAUAUCAGGUAAUGUGAAGCUUUGCAUCUAUUUAUGUUCUUAUUCAUGACUGGGUCUCUUUUUUUGUUUUUGAAUUAAUAACACUGACGGUAAAAAACGUUUUUGUCUGGGUGAUACAUUUUGUGACUUCGUGUCGUAUCUUUUGGUUUUAGGCAUUACUUUUCAUUUGUGUCACGAGAGUUGAACAUGAUUGUGAUGUGUCAUAAUGUAAUAGUUUUUGAAAUAAUCUAUUGUAACUGUUGGAUAAAGUAGAUAGGUAAAAGGUUGUGAUUUUCUUCAAAUCAUGGCUCAAUGUGCUGAUGCUGCCAAUAUAAAGGGAAUUAUUGAAUAUUACAACGGGGAAGAAAUUGUACUUUUGAGGCAUUAUCGAAUGGAUUCACCCAGAAAGUUACGUAGUUAAGCAUGACGAUUUUAGAAGCUUUGAUUGUAGAAUUAACACCAAGGUUUAGGCACUGAAUAGAGAUUUUAAUCACCAUUACCUGCUGUAGAGAAAAAAAAUGUCAAAACAAGUUGUUCUGAAAAACAGUAUAUACUAAAAUGUUUUUAAGAUAUAUCCUCUAAAUGCAGUGAAAGUAUUUUUGUCACAAGGCCUCAAUUGUAAUACAAGUUCAAUCCUUGUGUGCACUGUCGUUUGUUCAUCUGGCUGUUUAUUUAUUUGAAAGUGGAGCAUCUUCCAAAUGUACGAUUGAAUGCAGCUUCAGUUCAUCACGCAGGUGACGCUACAUUGACCUCCCUUUGUCCAGUGUGCUCAAUAGAGUUUAUAUAGGCAGCUUGGCAUGCUUUGCACUCUGGAGAACCCUCUCACAGCCAUUUGCCAGAUAUCAGGGAUUUCGUUACAAUUCAUCUGCCGAACACCUCCGACUAAAAAUUUUAGCCUUAACCCUCAUUUUGUAAAUAAAUACAGAGAACGUGUCAUAACUUGUGAAUUUGCUAACAGGGCUGUAUCCCGCGAAAAGGGUAAUUCAUCUCAUCAGUAGACGUUGGAAACCUGCUUGAACAGAACCAAUAUUUACUUACGAAAAAAAAUAAAUAAAAAAAAUCAGCCUGGCUUUCUCAGAAUGCAGGACCAGCCUUUGUGCAUCUUAAAAUUUGGAAUAUGUGUGCUUCAACCUGCCAUCAUGAACAUGUCUCCACAUAGCCUACACAAGAUAACUAUUGACCUUGUUAUAACAUAUGAAUAAAGCUCAUCUUGGUUUAUUGUU